AUGGAUCAGGACACGGACCUUACGCUCUCAGGAGCGGCACGAGCACCAGCGCUCGCCUCCUCAUCCAACGUCCACCGAGCCAAGGAGCCUUUCCACGUCCAGGUCAUUCCACCGAAUGCCUACGCCAACGCUUCGCCUGCCUACGUCACACAUUUGCUCUCGCUUUCAACAUCCUAUGGUACACCAACGCUGCUCGCAGUAGCGGACGACAGCACUCUUACGCUCAUCGACAAGUCAUCCGGUGUCGUGGCCGAAUCCCACCGUGCGUUCAAAGAUGCCAGGAUCACACAGGCCAAGCCGCUCUACCGUGAGACAGGGGCUUCCGGAAGUUUCGUAGCCAGUGUAUCGAAUGGCACGGUCGCAUGUUGGGAUACGAGAUCCGGUCUGGCAAAGCCGGUGUGGACGCUGCAAGGGGCGUCGAAAGCUCCAUAUCUGUGCGUCGAGCCUUCACCCACUGACGCCAAUGUCGUGGUAGCUGGUACCGAACAGUACGGUCAUGGAGACAGCGAUAUCGAUAUUUGGGAUAUCCGUUCGGCAGCAGCUCCGAAGAGCAAGUACAACGAGGUUCACAGCGACGAUGUCACUGUCCUGCAGUAUCAUCCGGAUGCAGCUGCUCAUGCUGGCAUCUUGCUCAGCGGGUCAACAGACGGUCUGGUUUCAGCUAUCGACACCACCAUUGCGGAAGAGGACGACGCCGUGAUCUCGGUCGGUAACACAGGCAACUCUGUAGCGAGAGCAGGGUGGAUCUAUCCCGCAGACACAUCAUCUGCAACAAUGACGUCCUCAACGAGCUCGUCAGCAGGCGCAAUGGAUACCAGCACGGAUGGUGCUGAUGAAGAUGCCGACCUGAGCCAAGUGGAAACGGAAGCGCGUCGUCGUGCUCUCGGCAAGGUGUGGGCCGUCGGCGACAUGCAAACCCUCUCCAUCUUCGACGCGGACAAGUUCGACCCCAUUCUCUCCACCACCGACGUCCGUUCCUCCGCCUCCCUUCGUCCACCCUGGUCGACGGACUAUGUCAUCGAUGCCUUCCCCAUCCUUCCCUCCUUCCCCUCCCCACCCUCCUCCGAUACCCUCACGCUCUUUGUCGGCAGAUCCGAAGGAGCCUUCGCCACGAUCUGCAUCCCCACAUCCGCCACAUCCACCACCGCACCUCCAUCCUGGGGUCUCAGAGCAGUCUUCCCCGAACAAGGUGACGGCACGUUCUACGGUCAUUCCGAUAUCAUUCGAAGCGUCGAAUGGGACCCAGCCACCAAUACGCUCUAUACGGGAGGUGAAGACGGAAAUCUUUGCUUUUGGAAUUUUGAUGAGUCGAAUCAGGUGGCUUCGACAGGCGCGAUUGCUUUGAACACAGCAGCGGUAACGGCGGGAGCGGCGGUCGAUAGUCCUGGUUCGGGUAGAUCGGGUGGCUCGCGAAAUGCUACUCCGGCGAGAUCUCAGCGAUACACCCCGUACAAAUAA